UAUGGAGUAAGUAUUAAUAUUAUAUAUAAAAAAAAUACGAAAUAUAAAUCGAGCUUAGGUGCUAUAGUUUCGAUUAUAAUAUCUUUUUUUUCUUUAUAUAAGUUAAUAUAAGAAGUUGUUAUUAUAUAAAAUGGAGUAAACCCCUAAGUAGAUUAUUAAGAAAUAAUAGUAGAUUAACCAGGCAGAGUUGAUUUAAAAAAUAAAUUUUGAAGCAGCGUUAGGACUUUAGUAUGGUACGAGUUUCCUUCAUUUCAUUGAUGAAUCAGUUUAUAAAAUUAAAGUUUUUUAAGAUUUGUUAUAGUCUUUUAUAGAUGAAUAAGGAAAUAAAAAAUAAAAAUACGUAACAAAAGAAAUAGAAUUAGAAAAAUGCACUCAAAAUCACUUUUAGAAUGAAAGUACUAGAUAAUAUUUUUUAUAACUUCUUGAAAAACAAGAGCUUUAUUGUUUUAAAAGUAAUCAUAAUUUAUAUAUAUAAGGGGAUAGAGGUUCUGAUAAAAUUAGUUAUUUUAAAAUAUUUGUCUCUAAAUGUAAUUUAAAUAAUUGUUCAGAAUAAAUGCAAUAAACUAUUGCUAAUUCCUUUUUUUCAUUUCAUUACACUGUUGGAAACAUAGAUACUAAUAAUAUAAAUAAACCUCUUUAAUUAAUUACCAAAAGCUUUACUUCACGUUGUUCUUUGAGUAUUCCAAGAAGGUUAAGAGUAACUAUUUAAAAUACUAAAGUUAUUUAAUAAUUUGGAAUUCUUAAUUAAUAAAAAGAGUAUAAAGGAUAUAUGUUUGGUGAAUAGAUCUCUGAAAUUAUAGAUGUGAAUGAAAAUAAAGAUUUUUUUUUUACUGGUUCUUUUUAAUCAAUUGAAAAUAAGGAAAUAGUUUGUAAUAUUAAGUUUAAAAACAUUGUUGAUGCUCUUUCGAAUUUCGGAGGGUUCUUAUAAAGUUUAAUUGCUAUUGGAGCUAUUAUCGUAUUUCCAUUUAGUCGAUUGUAGUACUAAUAAUAACUAAUUAAUGAAACAUUUAAAUUUUAUGAAGAAAAUGAGGAGAAUACUAAAAAAGAAUAAAAAUAUGAAUUAAAAUUAUUAUAAUAAUU